GAUAUAUAACAGAGUAAGGUAUUAUUUUUUUAUUUUUUUUUUCCGUGGGGCAUAAUAUUGUUUAUUUUCGUUAUCGAUUUUUUUUCGUUUGAUAACGUUUGCUCAAAAACGUUUUCAAAUACGUUUUUCGUCUCUGGUGCAGUCGAAACACGAUUUUUCUCAUGUACAUACACCUGCAUCGAUCGCGGCGCGUGCGUAAAUCCCCUCCCUCCACCGCCCCCGCACCAUUUACGCUUCCCCCGACCGUCUGUGUAAUAUGGUACUCUAUAUAAUAUUUCACACACAAUGUACAGCCGUCGCCGUGACGCCGUCAGCCGCUGGUUAUAAUAAUAUUUGCACGUCCAACUCUGUACACAAUAUCAUUGUUACUGUGGCACCUGCAGUACCAUGUACACGCGCACAAUUAUUACAUUAAUUCGUGACAAAUACGCGAAGUGUGUUUUGCACUGUGCAGAGGCAUACCGCGGCGACAACGUGGCGACCGGCCCGGCUGUAAUUCGAGAGGUACCUUACUGGCGUGUGUGUCGACCGAGUUUCGAACAUUAUUCUUAUAUUAUUAUCACCGUACGCGGGCGCGUUAAUAUAACAAUAAUAAUAUAUUGUAGCGAUCGAAUAUGAACCCUGCCCCUUCGACCGUAUAUGCUGUGCAGAGGUAUUCUGCAACUAUUAUCGUUAUAAUAAAAUAUUAUAACCGUCGCCGUUAUUAUACGAUAACCAAACAUUAUAUUAUAUAUUAUUAUUGCCCAUACGAUAUAUAACUAUUGCUGAAUUUAGGUGUCCGCCGGCCGAACGAUCGACAAUUAUAAUGUACGAUUAUUAAUUUAUAAAUAAUUAGGUACGCGACGUGACGGGUAUUAAGACUUUUGGAUUUUGGACGUUGACCCUGUCAUGGGCCUAAUAAUAUAUAUAUAAGAAACGUACUGAUAGCGGUGAGUGAGAGAGUUAUGGGGGAGGGGGGUGGUUGGCAUUGAUAGAAAAAAAUAGCGUAUGGCUUAAAAAUUAAUUCACCUAUAUAUAUCAAUUAAUUACAAGAGAGAGGGAGAGAGAGACGGGUUACAUAACAAAGAUAACAAAAUUUUAAGUCUUUUAGAAAUGGAUGGCAUGAUAUUAUACACUUUGGGUCCUAUCAUAUUAUGCACGGAUAUGGCUAUCUCUCUCUAACAAUGUUAGCACUAUGUAGAAAACAUUUGACAGAGUAGGCAUGAGUCCGCUUGGUCCAUAGCAAUAUAUUAAUAUUAUGUAUAAUGGUCGAUCCGAUCGACCCUUGGUAUAAUAUUAUUAAAUUAUUUUAUUACCCCAAAUUUUCCUGUGCCGCUGUGCCAGCAACAAGAAGUGCACUUAAAUCAUUAUUACCACAGUGUACUUGGAUAUUGGACUUCCGUACGUCUAGGGGACGUAUUUGUAAUAGUUAAUACAAUAUUAUACUUUUGGCGACAACAGUUUCCGUUUGCAGGAUCGUCGCGUGGACUCAUGGCUCAUCGACGAGUAUUCAAUAUUAUUCUUGUACGAUAUGGAUAAUGGGUGCGAAAAGUCUCGCACACAUAUUACUUUUGAUUUCAUCCAAUUUUACUUAUCUAAUGUGUGGAUUCACGCGGUCGUACAACCUGCACUCUUACUCUCAAGUAUAGUAUCAAGUUCGCCGAUUGCUGAAACACGGCACAGCUGCAGUAUUACAUACAGGACGAUAUAUACGCGUAUAUAUUAUAUUGUGAAUUAUCUGCUAUAUUAUGAACUGCAGUUAUUAUAUUAUGUUUACCGUAUUUGUAUGCAGCUGUACGAGCCACAUUAUAUGAGUUCAUGUACGAGAAAAGUAUUAGUAGGUAUAGGUACGCUAUAUGAUCGUUUUGCGAACGAAUUUCACGGGUUCCCGCUACUAUCGAUACUUUGCGAAUGUCAUCGUUCAAAAAUCACAAUUAAAUGUGCAUUGUUUUAGUCUCUAAUGGAAGUCAUGAAUAUUUAAAAUUAAAAAAAAAAUCAUCAACCGUGUGGAGCACAACGUGUUCAAACGGACGAAGGCCAAUAUUUCUAAAUAAUUCUCGUUCGACCUAUUUGCUCGCGUUUUGUUGCUCGUCGUUAUAAUAUAUACAAAUAGGCAGCGAAGUUUGCAUGCAUGCGUCCAUAAUAAUAUUAUAACUCGUUUACACCAGAACUGACUCUCCAAUCAACAUGACAUUAUAAAUACAUACCCGCGAUAUAACUAAUAGUAAAUAGAAAUAAUAAUAAUUUGUAAUCGAAUUGCACCUUAAAUACAAGUGAAUAUAAUAGUGACCGGAGUAGGUAUAUACCGUAUAAACAUUGUACAUGCGUGUAGCGUGUUCAUAAUAAUUAUUAUGUAUAUCGAAAUUCCGGUUUUAUUUCACUAUCGUUUUUGCACCGAUUUCGUUUGUUGUUUAUUAUAUAUAUAUUAUUAUUAUAUUAUUGCGAAAGCACAAUAGAUUAUAACUUUUAGUCGAAACUAGAAUAUGCAAUACAGUACAAAAUUUAUAUACGCAUGCAAGUAUGGGUACCUAUAUAGCCGGUAUAUACACAUGCUGUUGUAUUUAUAUAUAUACAGUUAUGCAAUGCGCUCUUAUAUAUCACGCGAAUGCCCUGAAUGACUUAUUACGAAUAAUAACGCUGCAGUGCAAUAAUAUAAUGUACAUUGUAACUCAUAUACCUAUACGCGUUAAAGAAGAAGUACCUAUACAUACAUUACAUUACCUAUACAUUAUUAUUAUAUUAAUAUAAGUAUUGAUUUAUCUCAACCUCAAGACUUAUCUCUCAAGUCCCGUAUACAUAUAGCCUGGUAGUAUAAUAUGUAAUAAUAAUAAUGCGCACGCACUGCCUAGGAUGUAGGCACCUAACUCGCUAGUUAUACGCAUCAUUCACAAUAUUAAUUCUGGAAACGAUUGCUGCGCUGCACGCGCUAAUGCGCUAUACCUCGGGCCACACGUGUCUAUCAAUACAAUCGUCUCUAAUUACCAUCAGUCUGUCGCUUUAUGUGCGCAAUUUUUCAAGGUGCGAAUAUUUAAUACGAAAUUAUGUUUUUUUUCCUAUUCUCAAUAACGACACGACUGUCGAACCGGCAGUCGACGUGCGUGUUGAAACAAAAAGUAGGUAAAACAACAGCUACAUAGGUAUACAUAAAACCGUUUGUCGAUGUACAAAGUGCGGUGAUUAUUAUUAUAUUAUUUUGACUACAGUACUGCGCUAACUUUCGUUGGUACCCCAGGCCAAUAAUAUUAGGCACCCCUAAUUAAACAUACCCACCUCCUACCUCCAUUGGGACGGCUUUGUUGUUAGCAGAAAUCGCGUCAAGAUGCAUAUCGAGGUUAGCGUAGCGUUGAACUUUGUGAUCUCGUACCUGUACAACAAAUUACCCAGACGGCGAGUGAACAUAUUCGGCGAAGAACUGGAAAAGUGCCUGACGGAGAAAUUCGCUGGGCACUGGUACCCGGAGAAACCGUACCGCGGCUCGGCGUACCGGUGCAUCAAAACUGGAUCUCCGAUCGACCCGGUGUUCGAGAAGGCGGCCCGCGAGAGCGGCGUGGCCAUACAGGACAUCCUGGAGAACUUGCCACAGGAUCUGGCCGUGUGGGUGGACCCCGGCGAAGUCAGUUACCGCAUCGGCGAGAAGGGUGCUGUGAAGAUCUUGUACAACGAGAACAGCGGCGGCCUCCAGUUCGACACCCACGAUGACCGGACCGCCGACCGAGAGGUCGUCAAAACGUUCAACCCCGAAGCACAGUGUUUCCGGCCCAUCGAUUCGGUAGCGUCCAGCUUGAGUUCUCUGAGCAUUUCGCCACCGGACAAGUGUUCGGUCGGUUCGCCAACGCUUGGCAGCGGUUCCAACAACUCGUCGCCAACUCACCAUAACCACCUCCACCACCAAUACCAACAACAACAACACCAUCCUCACCACCAGCAACAGCAAAUACAGCUACAACAGUCACAGCACAAUCCGCUGUUGUUCGGCAAGCCGUGUGGCGGAAGCAGCAGCAGCAGUAGUAGCAGCAGCAGCAGUAGCAGCAGCAGCAGCACUGCAAGCAACGGCAACAGUCAGCAAUCGCCGCAGCAACAGCAACAGCAGCCGCGGAGCCCGAACGGUGGAGGUCCGGCAGUCGCGGUCGCGGCUGGCGCUUACGUGCCGUGCCGACAGCCGUCCGUGCCGUUGACGUUCACAACCGCCUCGUUCGCGCAGACCAAGUUCGGCAGCACCAAACUCAAGUCCAACAACAAACGAGCUAACAGGUUUCUGAUGACUGAUUUUAUAGAAAAGAUGUCGCCGACCGAGUUCGCUAACUACAUCAAGCAGCGGGCGGCCAUGCAACAACAACAGCAACGUCCGGCGUCACCGGUGCAGCAACACCACCGUGGCGGCCAGAACGGCGACGCGGCGUCCAACUACUUCUUCCAGCAGCAACAGUACAACAACAACCACCAAGGCGGCGUUGGCGGUGCCGGUUACCAAAGGCCGCGGCAGUCCAACGGAGGCGGUUAUCACCGGAACAGCGGCAACAUGGCCACCGCGGAUUACGCACCACCGCAAUUGCAGUUCGCCAACGGCGGCGGUAGCGGUUGGCAGAACUUCGGCGGCGACUUCGGGCCACAGCACUUUGGCGGCUCGCCCAUGGGUCCGCUGUCACCGGCCAAUUAUGGGACGGGGCAACAAAUGCAGUCAGCCGUGACUCCGAUGCAUCAGCAGCAGCAGCAGCAACAGCAACAACAGCAAAAGAUGCAGGACAACUACAACGCCAUGGGACUGGGGUCGUCGACGUCGUCGUCGUACAGGUCGAGUCCUUUCCAACAUUUGUUGGUGGCCAACUGAUUUCAGCCGGCUUGUCCGACGAGAGACGGUUAAGAGCGCCCCCUUUCACCACCAAACCCCUUACCCCUCGUGCCGCCCAACGUGGCCCAUCUUGACCUAGUUAAACAGUUGAAGACCGACCUACCCCAUCCCCCUCCAUCCGCCCACCUUGUUAUCAUUAUUAUUAUUAUUUUUUUUUUUAUAUAAUACCUUCUUUCAAUAUAUAACAUAAUAUUAUAUACAUACUUCAGUAAACCCCCUGGCGCGCCUUUCCCUUCUCCGCCUUUAAAGAUAAAUAAUGAAAAUUAUUUACACUACGUUUUUAGGUAUAUAGAUACACCCGUUAUUAUUAUGUUAUAUUAUUUCCGUUUUUCUAAUUCCCGUGGCUGCAGCGAGCUUUUCUCAUCCACCUGUCGUUAUCAUUUCAAAACAUUAUAUGCAUAUAUACUGCUGUUACCUAUCGGCUUCUAAAAUUAUGAUUAUCUCUAUAAACAACAUUUUAAAUAUUAUAUCGAUAUAGGUAAUUAGGACAAUGCUCGUAAAAUACUUCAACUACUUUAAUAUAAUAUAUUCUACCAUUCGCGCAGACACUUUAAAAAAAAUGUUUAUUCUCUUCGAGAAAAUAAAAUAAAAUAAUAUUAUAUAUAACAAAAAAAUAAAAUAAAAUUUUAAUAACAUCAAUACAUAUAUUACUAUAAUAUGUGAUUGAUUGAUCACCCACAAGUAUUAUUAUUAGUUUUUUUACACUAUUUUUCUUUUCUUAUUUUUGACUAAAACUUUUUAAUAUUUUUAAAUUAACGCAUAUAUAAAUUUAUUUUUUUUAAGCAAUUUAUGACUUAUCGUACAGACUUAAUGAGAUGUUUUUUUUUUUUUUUAAAUAAAAUAUUUUUACCAAUGAGAGGAUUAGACCUUAAUUAAUAAUAAUAAUAACACGUACAUUAUAUACAUGAAUAUAAUAUAAUAUACCUAGAGUCCAAUGAUAAUAAUUAAAAAUACUUUACGUCUAGGUUAAUAUUAUACUUAUUAUAUACACGUAUACUACCUAUAUAGAAAUACAUUUGAAUAUUUGAUUAAACAAUUGAUUUACGAUCCAUUACAUUAAUGUGUUAUAUCAAAUAUGUGUUCUGUGAACAUCAAAUAUUCAGUUCUCUAAAUAGGUACAAAAAAAAAAAAUUAUUGAAUAAUAAUAUUAAAUUUAAUAAACUCAUUUUUCAAAUUAAAAUAUUUCGAUGUAUAGAAUCUCCCUAACCUUUAUACCUUUUACCUCAUCUUUAGGAAUCAUCUUUUUUCUUCUUCAAAUUCCAUGCUCUAACAUGUAAUAUAUUAAACUGAAACUGAACAGGAACAAUCUAAUCGCAAUAAUCGUGAGAUAUAUAGGUGUUUAAUAAUAAUAUAAUAAUAAUAAUAAAUAAUAUUUGUAAUAUUGUAUAUCGGCCUAGGAAAUACGUAAAGUAAAAAUUAAAUAUAUUAUUUAAAAUGUCCUUUUGUAGAAAUGUAGUAAAUUUGUUAUGACAAUAUUAAGAAAAUUUAAAUUAAAAAUUGUUAUACUGGAAAAUUUAUCGAUGGAUCUCGCCAGUUAUUAACUUGUACUUGCAUUUUGCAACAUAAAUCGAGGUUUACUUAAAAAAAAAAAUCAUUAUUAUUGUUUUCAUCUUUAUACCUAUAGGUAAAUAUAAUAUUAUCCAAAUGAAAAAUUGCAUGCGAUUUUUUUUUUAAUUUUGAAGCUUUAAAUUAAAAGUUUUAUUUAGUAAAUGUUUUAUUAUAAUUUUUUAACUUAUUUGGUAUUUUUUUACUCUUUAUAUACAUAUUAAAGUUAUAUGAAA